GUCCUGCCCCGAGACAUGUCCUGCUACAACCAGUGCCUGCCGUGCCUGCCAUGCGGACCCUGUGGCCCAACCCCACUGGCCAACAGCUGCAAUGAGCCCUGUGUCCAGCAGUGCCAGGACUCCAACGUCUUCAUCCAGCCCUCUCCCGUGGUGGUGACCCUGCCCGGCCCCAUCCUCAGCUCCUUCCCGCAGAACACCGCCGUGGGAUCCUCCACCUCCGCUGCUGUUGGCAGCAUCCUCAGCUCUCAGGGAGUGCCCAUCUCCUCCGGGGGCUUUGGCCUCUCCGGCUUGGGCAGCGGCUACUGCGGCAGGAGGUGCUUCCCCUGCUAAAGGACCACAGAAAUUCAGAGCAGAGUGGGCACAGAGCAUUGGCUUCUUUUGUUCAGAGGGACCAAACAACCCCAACACCCCUUAUAGGAAGGAUGGGGUCAGCCAUGGUGCACGCUCUCAUCUGCUCCUGGUGCUUCCUGAACUAGGGCUUCCUCUUGGAGCAACCUCUUUUCCCUCUUUUGACCCUAAUAUUAAA